UUGUUCGUCGGAAGUACAUUUCUAAAGCAGGACAUUUUGGUUUCAUGCGGAAGUGACACGUUCAUAAUGGCAACAGGAGCAGAUCAAGCUGUUGGUUUUGGACUUGUUGGUUUUAGUCUGUUGCUGUUUACAUAUUACACUAUUUGGGUCAUAGUCUUGCCUUUUGUAGACGGUGACCAUGUGAUCCACAGCUAUUUUCUUCCACGAGAAUAUUCAGUCAUACUUCCUGGAGUUGCAGCAUUAAUCCUCUUACUUUUUGUUGGCACCUUCAUAGGGGUGGUAACAUGGAAGAAUCGAAAACCUAAGAAAGUUGAUUAAGACUCUCCAGGCUGUUGUGAUUCAUCUGGUCACAAGAACGAACUGUGCUGAUUUGACUCAUGUACCACUUCCUGUACACAGCCGCGUGAAGAUCAACUCCAAAGCUGCUCUCCUGGAUUCCAGUUAUUAGACAUGUUCAGGUGGUUCCUAAAAUGAACAACAAAAUAGAUUUCAUUAAUAGCCCAAAGCAGUACUGAACAUGUAGCUGCGUAGUAGUCUGUUUGAGCUUUGUGCACCCGAUGGCCACAACCUUGAUUGAAGACCACUAUA